AUGCCAAAAAUUUUAAAAGAAAGAAAAUUAAAGACGAAAACUGAAAAAACUAUAUUUUCUAUUUGUAGAUUUAAAAGUAUAAAAUGUAUUCAAUUAGAAGAAAAUGAAGAAAAAUAUGAAUUUUGUUUUAAAAAUAAUUUUGAUUGUUUAAAAUAUAAACCGUCUUUAAUGGAAAAUGAAAUAAAAAGAUUAAAUAUUGUUGUUAAAAAUCAUGAAAGUAGAAUUCAAAACUUCGAAGAACGAGUUCAAUCUUUAGAAAAAGAUAAUACUGUAGUAAAAAAUAAUCUUUUACAACAAAAAUUACUUUUAAAUCAAUUAGAUUUUCUUUUAUCAUCUAUUGAUUCAAAACAACAUCCAAAAAAACUUAUUGAUAAUAUACGUUUUGUAUUACAUGAUUUAAAACAAUUAUUUGAAUAUUCAUUUAGACAAAUAUAUUUUGAAUUUUAUCAUAUAAAUGAAGUUACUACUCUUUCUAAAUUAUCAUUAAAAUAUAUAAAACGAUAUGAAGAAUAUUUUGAUCCAACAGUAAAAAUGAUUAAUUUUUUUAAACAAAAAGAAUGUAAAGAAUUAUUUUUUUAUGAAUCAAUUAUUUUGAAUACUAUAAUCGAUUGUAAUGAUUCUAUUGCAACUAUAUUUACUGAUUUGUUUAUAAAAAUUGGUAUUUUUAAGAUUUUUUCUUUUGGUGUAGAUUUUAUUCUUAGUAAAGAAUGUAAUUGUUCUGGUUCUGAUA